UGCAGCAUCAUUACCGGUGACGUUUCGGUGCCUGGAUGAACUUGGUAUCGACAGCAGGGUAACGAAAUUUGUUCUUCCAGUUGGUGCGAUGGUGAACAUGGACGGUACAGCGCUUUACGAGGCAACUGCGUCCAUCUUCAUUGCUCAGAUCAAUGGAAUGGAACUAUCGAUAGGGCAGGUGUUAACAGUAAGCGUAACUGCUACACUAGCAUCUAUCGGCGCUGCCUCAAUACCUAGUGCAGGAUUAGUGACGAUGAUGAUUGUCCUGACUGCGCUCGGCCUACCCGUCAAUGACAUUUCGCUUAUUAUAGCCAUAGACUGGUUCCUUGAUCGCCUGAGGACUUCGGUGAACGUGAUAGGAGACGCAUUUGGCUGCGGAUUUGUUUAUCACCUUAGCAAGAAUGAUCUGGAUGGGUUCAACACAAAUGAUUCAAAAACAUUGGCUGAGAAAAUAGAUUAUCCCGCAAACCAUUUUUUGGAAAUCGCGGAUUCUAAGAACAACAAUGACGCUGAAAAUACUGUCUAGAAUUAUACCUCAUCAUUUUCUUUGUUAUUGUUUUACUCAUUCGCAAACGAUUGUUGACAAGAAUGGUCUCAUGGACAGAAGUUUUAUUAAGAGAAAGG